AUGGAACGCCUUUCGACGUGUCGCUACGACCCCCUCACUGAGGUACCUCUGCCGCCUGGCAUUGUCCUCUGGACGCCACACCAAUACUACGACGGUGCCGGCUGGCUGGCACUGCCGGAACACGAGAAAUUGCAAAUGAAGCCGACGCGUUGGGCAGAUGGCCGGCUGCGCUUCCUUGACCCAAUCGACGAGCUUCCAGAACCCUUCAAGGCCGUCCAGUCAGGCAAAUUCGAUGUGAAGUGCUGGAGGAGAGGCGAUUGCAAAUUGGGUAUCGAAGGAGACAGGACAGUUUUCUUGAAGGCGCCGAUCUCUCCUGAAGUCGCAGUGUACGUGCACGCCGAUCGACUCCCAGCGUUCCCGAAGACCUGGAAGCCCCUGGUUUUCAUCCUUAACCAGUCGGUGGCUAUGUUCCGGCUGACGGAGAAUUUGUGUCUUGUCUUGGUGGUUGAGAAUGACAAGACAAUGAACAUUUCUUGUGUGGACUACAACGGCGGCUUUGCGUGCACACACCCCAAAACCAAUAUGGUGGUCGCGUACGGCUCGUAUAUUGUCAAGACCUUCGAGAAACUGUCCAACUGCGCAGCUAUUCCGAAGAUGGUAACAGCAUCGGGAGACUGGGGCUUUUUUGUCCAAUUCUAUCCAUGGGGCUUCUUCUUCAUUCCGAAGAGUCUUGAACUUACCCGGCCCCAGGCAGUCCUGGGAGCAGUGGGGAUGGGCAAGAAGGUAGAUACCAUAGGCUUGGUUUUUCACCCUCCCAACAUGUUUAUUAACGUCAAACUGGAUCUCCCUGCCAAGACCACGCGCGCUCUCCAGUUUGGGAAAGAUUUCCAGGUAACAGCCAAGAAAACGAGCGAGACGGAUAUCGAGAUCUUCCUCAUUAUUGAUGGUCAGCUGGCCAAGUACAACUACUCUUUCGACAUUCGCAACAACAAGCCCGAGAGACCAAAGCACACAGACAACAUCCAUUUCAAGUGCACGUGUGAUGCAGAGGAGAAAAAGAAGCCGGAACCAAGAUUUAAACUGACUGCAUGCAAAGACUCAGUCGUUCUUCUGGAACAAGGCUGCCCAUGUGGCAACCCCGAUGAACAACUCGUCAGUGAGCAAGUUAUCGCUUUCUUCGACGCCGAAGUUUGCUUGUACUACACGCACCCUCCGGCACUCAAGCUCUGCGACGCUUUCACAGAUGUCGCGAUUCGUGAGUAG